AUGGAGAUCUCACUCGGCGUUCCAUAUUCUCAUCGCUAUGACGUGAGGUGCGAGCGGAGGCGACAGGAGUCCUUCUUGUUUUUCCUCAGAUACUUCGACACUAUCACAGCCACAGAGAUACUGGCCGCAGGGGGUGCUCCAGCAGGACCUUCAAUGCCUGCCAGAGCAGUUGGGGGAGCCAGGCGGGAGAUGACUAUCCAUAGCCGAGGCAAACAGAGGCGAGCUCGUGCUGCGAGUAGUUCACGGGAGCCUUCCCCUGAUGAUGAUGAGUCCGAUGUGGAGGCAGAGUCCUCCCAGGGUGAGGCCGGAGAUGACUCAGACAGCGGAGGUGACGGCGGCGAUCCUGGACCUUCGUCCAGGAAGAGGACGAGGAUGGACUCCCGUAUUUGA